AUGCCCGCCACACCACACCACCCACAAUCACGACCGCGAGCGACCCCAGCCCGCAUCUUCAUCCGCCUCCGCGACCGCCUCGAACUUCUUCUCGAACGCUUCGUCGACGGCGACCCCACGGCACAAGCCGGCUUCAGAACCUACAAGGCGCACCGGGACGCUCGGUGGCUCGAAAAGGAUAGGGGCCCGGCGUCCGCGGCGCUGGCUGCUGUGUCGAAUGCUAACGACGGCGAGCCAAGGCACUUGAAGGGUCCGAUUGAGCAGGGAAAUCAACGUCGUGGAGUUGGGCUUCCUCGCGAGGAUGGUGGUGAGAGUCCCGCUGGGCUGGCUCUUCACAAUAUCAGAGACAAGGGCAAGAGAAAGCAAACGACAGAAACUCAAGCCCACGAUCCUGGAAAGUCUUCAACUCUAGAGACGGCAUCCUCGAACGGAAAGGAAAAACAUGAGACCAGAGUUCCCUCCCAGCCGCGCAGUCUUUCCAGAUCAAGCACACUCUCCUCCAUCGUCUCCUCAACCUUCCUCGGAGGAAGUCAGAGACAGCGCAGGAGGAGAAGGAAGAGGGAGAGGUCGGACGCCAGGCCGGGGUACUUCAACCCGGACCCGUCACCUGCACUCAAACCAAACCGCGCGAAGACGUCAGUGGUAAUGAAAGAUGAUGACGGUGAUAGGUUGGAGAUGAAUGUUCCUGUUGAGUUGGCGAGGAGGUCGUGGAGUGUUCCUGUUGGUACUGCGAGGUGA